AUGGAGACUAAAAAGAAAGUAAAUGUUUUGGUUUGCUGCACUGGCAGUGUGGCCACAAUAAAAAUUAAAGAACUUGUCGAUAAGAUUCUUAAGUAUGGGGCAGCAGUUCGAGUUGUUUCAUCGGAACAUGCUCAACAUUUCUUCAGUGUCGAAGAAUUGCGAACGUGUGUCGAAGUUUUUCGUGAUGAAGAUGAAUGGACCAUGUGGUCCAAGAGAGGAGAUCCGGUACUUCACAUUGAGUUGGGAAAGUGGGCUGAUGUCCUGCUAAUAGCACCGCUGGACGCAAACACCCUUGCCAAAAUAUCCCAGG